AUAACCAUUACCAUCUGCGGCGAUGGAGGUUGCGGCAAAUCUUCCAUCACACUGCGUCUUGUCCGCAGCCAAUGGACGCAUGACUACGAUCCGACCAUCGAAGACUCGUAUUCCGUCACGCGUAGCGUCGACGGCACCACCUAUUCGCUGGAGCUGACAGACACUGCCGGUCAAGAAGAAUACCGAGGCUUGUGGUCUGGAUCAAAUUUGAGAUCCGAUGCUUUCUUACUGGUGUACGAUAUCACACAAGCGAAUUCACUACACUCACUGGAGUACUUCAACCAGUUGAUCGAUCAAGAACGAGAGAUCCGACUAUCGAAAGGGCAGGUGCUACCUGUUUGCUUAGUAGCAGGAAACAAAUGCGACCUCCAGGGCAUACGGCAAGUCGGUGCAAGAGAAGGGCUCGAAUGGGCGCGAAAUCGAGGAUAUGGAUUUAUGGAGACCAGUGCGCGUGAGAUGGUGAACAUUGAGGAGACAUUUGCGCUGCUGGUCCGACGAGUAGUUGGCGCUCGCAAACAGCACGAAGAGGGUGUUACUCCGAAUCUGCCCUCUUCGACUGCUAGGACACGACCACUUGAGCCUCUA